AUGAAUUCCUUCAACCCCUCCUUUGGGGCCGACCUUGAAGCACAAAGGAACAAGCUACUCCCUCUGCCGAGUACCUGUACAGUUGACAUCCAUCGCUGGUCGACGAUCCCGGUGCCCGUAAUUGAGAGAUGGCCCUCGGCGCCCGGCACGAUCCCGAGCGACUGGCUCGGAAAGGUGGCCAGUGUGCUAAUAUCACUCACACCGAUAAUGUUUUUGGUACUGGCUGGUUUUGCGUAUAAGAUGGAUGGAAUGCCAGUUUCAAAGUUUGGGGAGCAGGUGACGAAGGCAGCACAGAUUGGAACUACGGUAUACCCAAUUAUAUUUGCAGCAGUCCUAGGAAAAACCUUCAAGUCCGCCGCCGGAUGGCUCGUCGAACGGGGAACAACAAUUCGCAUGCUCGAGCUACUAAUGGGCAGUCAAAGUCUUGGAGGAGCACUCCAAUCCCAUUUCACGAUAAUCCGAACCAUAAAGACGAUCCCGUUGAGUCUAUUCAUGCUUUUGAUUUGGCUUCUUUCGCCUCUGGGAGGCCAGGCUUCGCUGCGCUUACUCAGUACUUCUGGGAUUGAGGUGGAUGGUGCGAUAAGGCUAUGCUUGUGA